AUGGCCAACACACUACCUCAAAUUCGCGCUCUUCCAGAAUCGGUGGUCGAAGGACCGGUUCUGAAGAAACCAAGAUUAGAAACCGAUGUCAUCCCAACCCCCGCCGAGGUGGAGGCACUGGCCAAGGAGGGCACACCGAUGGAUGAAGUGGUGCAGGAGGUGAUAGAAGAAGCGAAGCUGAACGGUGCUGGCGGCAAGAAAGGCAUGAAGAGCAAAAAGACCAAGAAGAAGGACCCCCCGCUUCCGGACCCUUGCUCUGCGGCCGAUGUGUUGUACAGGGAAAUCAGGGAGCUGCUCGGAGAGGAGACGGUGGACCGGAUAACGGAGGCGGGUAACGCGUUUAAGGCGCCGUAUAUGGUUGGGGAAGAGGUCGUUGUGAGGAUCGAGAUGAUUGGGUCUGGAGGUUCUGGUAUUGCCGUCGCACCAGAGGAGAAAGGGCCAUGGGCCAUCGUAGUUCCUUGCGCGCUUCCUGGAGAAACAGUACACGUCCGCAUUGGAAGAUACGAGAAAAUGCACUCCUGUGCUUCAGUUGUCGAGGUUGUUAGCCCGAACACAGAGCUUCGCGAUGACUCGCGAGUGCGGUGUAAAUAUUUUGGGACGUGUGGCGGAUGUCAGUACCAGAUGCUAUCCGGAGAGAAUCAGCUGAAACUAAAGAGGGACGUUAUCGAGAAGGCGUACAAAACUUAUUCCAACCUCCCCAAGUCUUCCAUACCCACCGUCGAGUCGACUAUCGAGUCGCCUUUGGUCUACGCGUACCGAACUAAAAUCACGCCACACUUCGAACGUCCGCCCAAAUAUGCCAAAAAGCAAGAUGUCAUCAGCGGGUCACAACCACCGUGGCUGAAGAUUGGGUUCAACGUUGCAAAUAGCAAUUCGACAAUGGAUAUUGAGGAAUGCCCUAUUGCAACGUCGGUGUUGAAUGAAAAGUAUAAAUCAGAUAGAACAGAGAUAAUCCAAAAUAUCUUUUCUUAUAAGAAGGGUGUUUCGCUAAUGUAUCGCGAUUCCCUGGAUCCCGCCUUCGACGCCAAAAAGAUGAUGUUGCCACCUGUUGACAAGCUUUCAGAAGCCUUCACGAAACACGUAUGUGUCACAGACCAAAAAGGCGUUUCACGCGAACUAGUGGGCGAUAAACUCUUUCAAUACACAGCCGGAGGAUUUUUUCAAAACAACAACGCCGUGCUCCCUCUCCUGGUCGACCACGUACGUGAUCUGAUUGACUCUGGGGAGGGUCGAGAUCAUCCAACACACCUCGUGGACACGUAUUGCGGCGCCGGCCUCUUCGCGAUCUCACUCUCAGACAAGUUCACCAAAGUCGCCGGCAUCGAGCUGUCGCAAAGCUCCAUCGCUUCAGCUAAGGAGAAUGCCACGCUUAACGGAAUCCCCGAAGAGAAAAUCUCCUUCCUUUCUGGCGAAGCUCAGAACAUCUUCGCAGCCGUCCGCGAUUUUCCUCCCGAACGCACGAUCGUCGUCAUUGAUCCACCCCGCAAGGGCUGUGACGAGCUUUUCUUGAAACAGCUCCUCGACUUCCGGUGUAACGCCGUCGUGUACGUCAGCUGCAACGUCCACUCACAGGCAAGAGACAUCGGCGAGAUCGUCCGACGGACAGAAAGAGAUGGAGAGGGUCGGAGGUACCGGAUGGAGAGCCUGCGCGGGUUCGACCUCUUCCCACAGACUGCACAUGUCGAGUCGGUUGCACUGCUGCGAUUAUACUGA